AUGCGUCGGGCCCGUCAACGUGACGCGAGCCUGUACCUUGAUUAUGGUUACACACGCCCGAACGUGAUGAGCCGCGGCCCGCACGCUCAGCAGACCGAUUCGGCGAGCGGCGUGUACGGCGACGGCGUGAUCAUCGACAGCGUGCCGUACGAGCAGAUGGCCCCCGAGAUGGCGUCCCCGCAAGACGGAGAGCCUCUCGAACCGGUCCCUGCCGAGCCGAUGGACUCGAUGGGGGCGGUGAUGGAGACAUCGGCGCCCCAGGCGGGCGGCUCGUUGUUCUCGGCUCCAGGCGGUCAGGCGGUCGUCGCCGGCAUGGCGACGGGAUACGAAAUCAAUCCGACGACUGAAAACCACCGACCCCAACCGAUCGCCACGCCACGCAGCAACGUCCAGAUGGCUUCGGCCCAGGCCGAAGGCCGGUCCGAAGGAACAUCGUCGGGCGUUGUCCAUGCGUACGGCGCCGUGACCGAGAAGAAUGAACGUCAAGCGCAUUACACGACUCAUCGACCUCCUGCAGAGGCGUGCGGCGUCAGCAGACGCACGGUGUUCCGCGAUAUCGAGUCGCUCCGCGAAGCGGGGGUCCCGAUCGAGUACGACGCCGACGCGCAGCGCUACCGGAUCGACGCAGCUCACUUUUUGCCGCCGACCAACUUGACGCUCGAAGAGGCGUUGUCGGUCGUCUUGCUGGCGGGGCGCGUGGGGGAGCUGGAGCGCGAUACGCUGUUCGCCGCCGCCAUCGGCGCGGCCCAGAAAAUCGAGGCGAGCUUGCCGUCCUCGAUGCGGGAGAGACUCAGUGAGGUCGCCGAAGCGAUCGACCUCCGCCCGCCGCCGGUAAACCCGCUGGCGGACAAAGGGGAUGUCUACCGCGCCCUGUUGCGGGCGAGUGUGGACCAGCAAGCCGUCCGUAUACGGUACGACUGUCGGACCGAGUUCCGUGAGAUCGAGACCGACCUCGACCCGUAUCACUUGCUGUUCCAAGAACGCAGCUGGUAUGUGAUCGGUCGCUCGUCACGUCACGACGAGGUCCGGACGUUCAACAUCGGCCGUGUCAAA